AUGGAAGGAUCAAAUUAUUUGAGGGCUGCACAGGAAAAUGAAUCCAAAGCUAACAAAAAAGCCAAAGGCUCUUUCUUUAAGAACCUCUUUGGAAGUAAGGGAGAUAGACUCGAUGAAGCCAGAGACCUUUACGAGAAAGCAGCUAAUUCUUACAAACUUGCCCAGGAAUGGCAGAAGGCAGGUGAAAUGUACAAGAAAUGUGCUGACUGUGAACGUGAAACUGAUGGAAUCCCAGCACAAUACAUCCUUGACUCAGUUAGCUGUUAUAAAAAGGUAAACAAUGCUGAAUAUCUCACUAUGGCUGAAGAUGCAAUCGCAAUGCUCGCUGAAGAGGGAAGGAUUAACCAAGCUGCCAGAUUAAGAAAAGAAGUUGCUGAGAAUUAUGAACAACAAUACGAGUAUGAACAAGCAGUGAUUGAAUAUGAUAAAGCUGCUCAGCUAUAUGAAAUGGAAGACAGUGUCUCCUUUGCAAACCAGUGAUAUGUAAAAGAAGCAGAUUUAAUGAUCAUGCUUAAGGAAGUCAAUUUUGAAAAAGCCAUUCAGACUUACAACAAAGUUAUCAACGAAUAUAUGAAGAAAGAUAUUCUCAAAUCAAGUGCAAAAGGUUUAGUCAUGAAAGAAUGACUUUGCUAUAUGGCUAAUGAUGAUCUUGUCGGAGCCAGGAACAGAUACCAAAACUUUAGUUUUGAAGAUGUAGCCUUUGCGAAUAGCAGAGAAGGCGAACUACUCUCCAACCUGUUCACUGCUAAGGAGAUGAACGAUGUAGACUCCUUUCAAAAGACUCUUCAUGAGUACAAUAGGAUCACUCCUCUCAAGAAAGAGGAGACUCAGAUCCUUGUACAUGUUAAAGACACCUUCGGAGGACUUGGUGAUGGGCUCAAUCUGGCAGGAAAUGACGAUGCUGAGGAAAAAGAACCCGACUUUACAUAA